CGAUGUUCCUUGCUGCAAAUCGUUGCGGUGCUUUGAAAAAUGUUUGCGAAAUGAAGAAAGUUACGAUCUUAAAUCUAUCGUCCGGUCAGGGUAUUAUACGUGGCUAGACCUUAUUUUGUGCUUUGAUUCAAGCUUCGUACCAGGUAAUUUAGCGUUCAGUGGCAGACCCAGCGCAGGUGAACCGGGCCCGGGCACUGGCAGUCAGUCUGACAGGGACUGCCCCACCAAGGCAGCAAACUUUCCUGUCCGAAUGAACCAUACAACACACAUCACGAUCCCAAACAAACUUCGAGAACGCGGUAUACGAACAAGCCACACAAUCUUCAACCACUUCGAAAUUGCGCAAUGGGUAACGACGGUGGCUCGAUUCCCAAACGUCGCGAGCUCGUCAAAGACGCUGCGCGAGCCCCCACAAUUUCCGAACUCAAGGCGACCGCGCUCGAAUCGCUAGGCCAUGCCUGGACACACUGCGCCCUGAGCGGCGCCCCCAUCGAUCUCGCGUCGGUCGUGUCGGACUGGCGUGGGCGCCUGUACAACUACGAGUCUGUGUUGAAUGGCCUCGUGCCAUCGGAUGAACCCGCCGAAACGACGCCAGCCUCGUUGGGCAUCCGUUCGUUGCGCGAUGUCGCAAAGCUACAGUUCUCCAAGACAGGCGACAAGUGGACCUGCCCGAUAUCGAUGAAGGAAAUGGGACCCAAGACAAAGGCAGUGUACUUAAUCCCUUGCGGCCAUGUGUUUGCCGAAGUUGCCAUCAAGGAGAUCCAGGAAAAGGCGUGCCCCGAAUGCGCCGAAGCCUUUACGCAGGAAAACAUCAUCCCCAUCCUGCCCACCACUCCAGCAGAGCUCGAUCGCCUCGCGAAGCGGAUGGAAGAACUACGCGCGGCUGGGCAAACACACACACUGAAGAAGGACAAGUCUGAGAAGAAGAAGAAGCGCAAGGCCGAUGAUGCCAAGGACGACGAUGCGGACAAGGCCAAACUGAAAAAACGAACUCAUGGCGGGGAGAACGCAGCCAAGAAGGACGACCCGCGCACAAACGGCAUCAACAACUCGCUCGCGGCAUCCCUGACAGCCAGGGUACUGGCAGAACAAGACGAACGUAACAAGCGUCGCAAGAUGGCUGCUGUUAAGACCUGAACUCAAGGCCCAAUAGCCUCCAUCUCUACUUAAACGGGGACAUUUCCCACCUCAACAUCACGGCCUAGUCGGAUGCGCUCGUCUCAACUGUCAAACAGCCAUUCACCCGCCGGUAAACCAGGUCGAUCGAGGCUAUCGAGGUUAGACAACUCUGUCAGCAUCGCGGGUUCAUCCUGUAUAUGCACCGCGGAGAAAGCGGCAUCAGACAGUUGCCCCGGCACGCCAUGUACCAACAUGUUCAUAUGCACCAAAUCAGACAAUGUACUUGUGCCUCACACGAUAAAUUUCUACUUGCCCCGUGCUAUGCUGACUUCUAUCCCAGGAUCUUCCACUCACUGAACUUUC